AUGGCGCCUGUUCCUGACACACCACUACCACGCGUGAGAAGCACACGACCGCCCCGGCGACAUAUAUCUGACUCAGCGCCAGCCAGCAAGCGGCGCAAGUACGUUCCAGGCGGACCAGGAGGCGGGGGACGAUACGUGGAUGACGAGGGGCUGGAGACGCCCGUAGGAGGAACUGGACCUGGAGGAUACGCGUAUACUGGUCCCCGUGGCCGUGUAGGACGCAUCAACGCCGAGCGGCAGGGCCUGCCCAUAUCAGCGCCAUCACCCUCAUACACCAGACCCCGACGCGAAAGGCCGCCAGCUGGACCGCGUUCCAGUUCGGCCGCCGCAGUCGCCGCCGCCGUGGCUCAAAACGAUGGAUACAAGCCGCGCGAGGAGCGGAGCUGGGAUGAAUUUCAUCCGGAACUGGACAUCGACGCCGAGUUCCCCGUCUUCAGCGCAGACCAGAUAGAUGGCAUCAGCCCUGCAGACAGCGCCCCGGGGACUCCGCUCAAUGGCUCAUCGACGGGCCAGUACGCCGUCGACAGCGGUCUCUCCGCGGUUCUUGACGGCCUACGGACGCAACAAGCAGAGGAUGUCGCGCAAGAGCAGGAGGACGCAAGCUUAGCCGUCAACGGCUCAGGCGCCUUCGUCACACCAAAGCGACGCCCAGGUCGACCGCCUCGCAACCGAGACUCUAUGCUAGCUGGGCUCGGAUCGCCGCCCCGGCCACGAGUCAACCCCCUUCCGACUAUGAAUCCGAGGGAAAAGCUGAAUCUGCCCAAGCCAUCGGUGCGUCAAGUCGACCCAUUCAAAGAACACGAAGAAAGCGAGGGCGUCAAGGUCAACUAUGUCGACAAGACCAUGGCGAACAUCGGAUACCAAGAGAGCGAGAUCUUCACAAGGCCAUCCGAAAAUAGCCUCAUUAGACUACCAGAAGGCUCUAUCGAAGAAGAUCUGGAUCUUACUCUGCAGACAGAGGCCGAAGGUACCGCAGGCGCAGUUGCUGUAGGUCGCGUCGAGUACGACAUGGAUGAGCAAGACGACCGGUGGCUGGAAGCACUGAACGUGCAGCGAAAAGAAGAGGGUGUCGAAGGUAUCAAGCCUGCGAUAUUCGAAGUAACCAUCACCCAGAUCGAGAAGGAGUGGCACGCGCUGGAAAAGCGCAUCCCCAAACCCAACCCGAAGCCACCUCAGACACAUCGCCCACGCUCGAGCAGUGCAGCUGCUGUCAACGGAGAGCCUGCUGGCCAAGGCGAAGAGCAAGAUACGAAGUGCGCCAUCUGCGACGACGGCGACUGCGAGAACACAAAUGCAAUAGUAUUCUGCGAUGGUUGCGACUUAGCCGUCCACCAGGAGUGUUACGGCGUGCCCUUCAUCCCAGAGGGACAGUGGCUGUGCAGACGGUGUCAACUAGUCGGGCGCGGCACCCCUGUCAGCGAGCUUCCGGGUUGCAUUUUCUGUCCGAAUAUAGACGGUGCAUUCAAGCAGACAACCACAAUGAAGUGGGCACAUCUGCUGUGCGCCAUGUGGAUACCAGAGGUAUCACUGGGCAAUGCGACAUUUCAAGAGCCAGUGCAAGACGUUGAGAAAGUGCCCAAGACUAGGUGGAAACUUUCUUGCUAUAUCUGCAAACAGAAAAUGGGGGCCUGUAUACAAUGCGGCCACAAGUCCUGUUUCGAGGCUUUCCACGUCACAUGUGCACGGAGGGCUAGACUAUGUCUGCGCAUGAAGUCUUCACAAUCAUCGAACCCGCAGGAUACAACUGUGCUCAAGGCCUAUUGCGAUCGACACACUCCGUCCGACUGGAAGCGUGAGUUUGAUGUGGAGAGUGCAAUCGCAGAUGCGAAGGCCUUCUACCGCCACACCAUGCGUCAUAUUCGCUGGCCGGACAGCCAAGCCUACGCGCUUUCUAUUGGAUCUUCGCACGCGAUGCCUUCCAUCGAAGGACCGGAUGACGACACCCCUGGAUCCAACAAGCGAAAACGUGGGCAAUCGACCAAGUCUUGGAGGCUGCCAUCUGGAGCUCCGGUUGUGCCCCAGGCUGUCUACCACAACGUUGAAAAUACGCUGAUCAAGUUUAAUGUACGUAAGCGUAAGGAAUUCGUGCAAGAAGCCUGCAAGUACUGGACGCUCAAGCGCGAGGCACGACGAGGUGCGGCCCUUCUCAAGCGUCUUCAGCUCCAAAUGGAGGCCUUCUCUUCUAUGGAGAUCACUCGCCGCAACUUUGCAGGCAUGGGAGCAGCUGGCAGGCCCCGACUCCAACGACGCAUUGAGUUUGCAGAACGUCUUGAAGAUGACAUGGAGCAAAUCCGUGUCCUCUGCGAGAUGGUCAAACAGCGAGAAGCUGAGAAGCUCAAGGACGUCUUGAUACUGCAGCAGAUCGUCGAUUGCAUCUACUUCCCAAUACCUCAGCUACUGCAGCCUAUCCUAGUGCGAGCACAAACACUUGAUAGCAGAGGCUACUUCAGCGACGGAUUCAACAAGCUUCAGACCAAGCUUGAUGAGAAAUACUAUACUUCGGUGCAGACAUUCAACGACGAUGUGGCCGCGGUCUUGAGUGCUGAGCUUGGAUCUGCCGCUGUCCCCAACGUUGGCGAUGCUGAAGAUCAGCUGAACAGGAGUGCGCACAGCAGUCUGAGCUCUGAGCAGAAGGAAUUGAAGAAGGUCGUUAAGCGAAUCACCAAAAGCCUACAACCUUACUUUGAGGACGCGAUCCGCAAGGAGUCUGAGCUGGCUGGUCGGCCUUACGAAAAACUACCGGACCUGGAGACACUCCUCAACCAGAAGCUGCAACGCAGGCCGAGCGUCCUGUCUCACGACGAGACUGUGCGACAAACGACGGAAAGCGACCCGACAACUGUUGAGGAAGCUCAGGAAAUUGCAGUUGAUGGGGAAGAAGCUGCUGUGCUCACUCAGAAACCAGAGGAGAUGCAGCUUGCGCCCACACCGGACGAGAACGCCGCAGACGCACAUCACACACACCAUGCCCAUGACGAGGCGGCAGACGAGGCGGCCAUCGCCAUUCAACUUGGCCAAGAUGCUCUUCGCGUGUCCAGCAACCAGCCCGAGAACGCAGUGGUGGAAGCCCGUGUGGAGACUAAUGGCCGACCCGAGCCUCUCACGCCCCCAAGAUCCGAGAAGAACUUACUCAACCCUCUGGGUAAUGGCGGUGUUCCCUGGUACUUUGAGCACUUCGAUGUACAUGGCACAACCGUAUACGAAGAACGGUACACCGGUCGUGAGGUACUUCGAGACAUGAGCGAGGAGCUUAGCGAGCUAGACGACGACGAACUCGACGGCCUGGCCGACUCUGAUCCAGUUCGGCCAACAGAUACGCCCGAGUCGAAUGUAGCCGCAAUCAAGAAAGCGGUGGCACGCAAGAGGCAGAAGAGAUCGAGGGGAUGGUAG